UUCCAAGGGAACCGGAAAGCCAUUUGCGCAUGCUCGUUUGUAACCCGCCUGGAUCAGCCACCCGAAAGAUGGCAGAUGAUGGAAGGGAGGGAGCAGCAAAACGGCAGCAACACAGCGACGACGAGUCCCCGUCCGUGAAAAGACAGGCACUCGACCACAGUCAGGCAGUGGCCACGCACUACAAUGAGCUGAAGGAGGCGGGGCUUAGUGCCCGAAGUCGGAGUCGCAUCUUUUUCAUGAGGAAUUUCAACAACUGGCUGAAGAGUGUCCUGAUAGGUGAGGUCCUGGACCAGGUCCGGGACGCCGGUGCCCGGCAGGUGUCCGUGCUGGACCUGGGUUGUGGGAAAGGAGGCGACCUGCUGAAGUGGAGGAGAGGUGGGAUCCAUCACCUGGUGUGUGCUGACAUUGCUGGUGUGUCAGUAGAACAGUGUCAGAGCCGCUAUGAGGACAUGCAGCGCCGCGGUCGCCGUGACGACAUCUUCAGCGCUCAGUUCAUCACAGCUGACUGCACCAAGGAAGUCCUGGCAGAGAAGCUGGAGCCUCCGGAGCAGACCUUCGACAUCUGCAGCUGUCAGUUUGUGUACCAUUACGCCUUUGAGUCGGAGCAGAAGGCAGAGCUCAUGUUGAGGAACGCCUGCGAGCGGCUGAAGCCCGGAGGCUUCUUCGUGGGAACCACCCCCGACGCCUAUGAGAUCGUGAAACGGCUGGAGGCCUCAGACUCGCUGGGGUUCGGCAACGAGGUCUUCCAGGUGAAGUUUGAGAGCCGAGGCUCAUACCCGCUGUUCGGCUGCCGCUACCACUUCCACCUGGAGGAGGUGGUGGAUGUGCCUGAGUUUCUCGUCUACUUCCCCCUUUUGGAGCAGAUGGCCAAGCGUUACGGGAUGCGUCUGGUCACGAAGCAGCGAUUCUCUGACUUUUUCCAGGAAAAAAUUAAAAUAGAUCGACACCGAAAUCUGAUGAUGAAAAUGGGUGCGCUGGAGCCGUACCCUUGUGAAGAUGGGCCUCCCAACCCUGCUGAGUACAGCCACGCCGAAGCCCACUACAACAUCUCCGGCGACGGUUUCAAACCUGCACUGGGCACCCUGAGUCGGUCUGAGUGGGAGGCCACUAGUAUCUAUUUGGUCUUUGUCUUCCAGAAAACUUGCUGAUGGUUGUGAGUCUGCUGGUCUUGGACUCUGUUUUUUGGUUGUUUUUAAUAAAUAAUGAUGUAUGAAAAA